ACUCGCGGGGCUGGCGGCUUUCAGCACGGCGCAGGAGGACGGGGCAGAGCAGAGAACGGCAGCAGAGGGGAGCAGAGCCGGUGCCCAUGUGCCUGUGGUCCCAGCGGGGAGAUGAAGCAGCGAUGACGACGACAGCCGGCAAGGGGACCCUCCGGCCCUGGAAGCCCGACCCGGGGCAGGCAGAGGAGGGCCGGCCCCCCCUGGGACCGUCGCUGCCCCUGACCCUCACUGUCCUGGCCUGGCUGGGCACUGGCACCACCAUGGCCGGCCUCAACAAAUGGAUCUUUGCCACCCAUGCCUCCCGCUACCCGCUGCUGCUGUCGUCCCUGCACAUGCUGUCAGGGGCGGCUGUGGGGUACCCGCUGGGGUGGGCGGGGGGACCCUCACCGCCAGCCCCCUGGCCCCGCGCCAGGAUCUCCCUGCUCAGCCUCACCUUCUGCACCAGCGUGGCGUUGGGCAACCUGGGCUUGAGCUACGAGCAGCUGGACGUGGCGCAGGCGGUGGCCACCACCGCCCCGCUGGUCACCCUGCUGCUGUCGGGGCUGCUGGGGGGCCGGCGGCCCCACCCACUGCAGUACGCCGCCAUGGGGCCCGUCUGUGCUGGGGCCGCCUGCAGCAUCGCCGGCGGGCUCCGCUUCCACCAGCCCGGCUGCGGCUUCCUCCUGGCUGCCACCGUCCUCCGCGCCCUCAAGUCCCUACAGCAGAGUCUGCUGCUGCAGGAGGCCCGGCUGGAUGCCCUCUCCCUGCUCUGCCUGACCUCCCUGCCCAGCUUCUGCCUCCUCUUCGGGGCGGCCGUGGCGCUGGAGCUGGGUCCCUCCUGGGAGGGGGUCCUGCGCUACGACAGCACCCUCUGGGCCUGCGUCCUCCUCAGCUGCCUGGGCUCUGUCCUCUACAACUUGGCUACCUUCUGCGUCCUCUCCCUCACCUCUGCCCUCACCGUCCACGUCCUGGGCAACGUCACUGUGGUGGGCAACCUGCUGCUCUCCCGCCUCCUCUUCGGUAGCCACCUGAGCGGGCUCAGCUACCUGGGCAUCGGGCUGACGCUGGCCGGGAUGUUCAUGUACCACCAGCCGGACCUCAUUGCGGCACGCUGGGCAGCACGGCCGGGACGGGGGCCCCCCAGGCGGGAGUAGGGGCCCCGCUGGGGA